AUGAAUAGUAAUAAAAACUUGAAUACAAGCCCAAGUGAGAAAGUUGAUAUUGGUUUACUUCUGAAAAAAUUCAAAUAGGCAAACACUAAGCUUAGUCCUUUGCCAUUAGAAUAAUUUCAAUAAGUAGCCUUUGAUAGCAAAAUAGAACUACUAUAACAAUUGCCUGAUUGCGAUAAAACAUCUUUCAUGAGAUUUAAAGAACUUAACUAAGGUGCAGUUAGCGAACUAAAAAGAUCAUUCCUACAGUCAAAGUAAAUAUGGAAUAAUUAUGGCCAUUCAUUAUUCACCGAGGAACGUGUAGAUUAACCAAAGUACUACACAUCACGAAAAAUGUAAAUGAUUCAUAACAGGGAUACAUUUCGAAAAAUAAAGGAACAGUAUAAAAAAUAGGAAGAAUCAUCUAUUGAAGAAGUAAGGAAAUAUUUUAAAAAAAUUAAAUCGAAGGGUCCUGACAUCAAAUCUUACCCAUCUUUAUAAUAUUAGGAUUUGUAAAGAAUGGAAUCCAUAAGAAGACAAAUAAGACUUAGUAAGAUGAAUGAUCAAAAUAAUAACAAUAAAGAUGCUUAGGAUUUGCAGAUGAAACUAAGUGAACAAAUAAACGAAAUUAGAAUCAAAAAGCAAAAUGUCUAUAUCUAUAAAGAUGUAUCAAUUUAAUGGUAACCGUGUUCAAGAAAUGGCAGCACUAUGCUCUCAUACAAUCAUCAUUUGUUUCUGUAUGGUGGAGCAGGGGCUAAGUAAAAUGAAGACUUUUGUUGCGCUUAUAUUGAUAAAAGUGUAAUCUUUAAAUAUUUUAGAAAUUUACAAAUGGUAAUAGGUAAAACUAGAUGAUCAAUAAUAAAAUGGUUUCCGUAGCAAUCAUUCAGCAGCACUCUAUAAAAAUUUUAUGAUAAUCUUCGGUGGAGAAGUUCAUCAAAUACCUAGUAAUAAAAGAAUAUUUAGCGAAAUUACAUGUGAUAUUAAGAUAAUUAAUUUAAGUAAUUUUAGCCAUUAAAUAAUUUAGUCUCCAAUGAACUGAAAGUAUUAAAGCAAACAGGUAUUAUUCCCCCUAGAAAAUCUCACAUUGCGGAAGUAAUUGGAAGGAGUAUGAUUGUUCAUGGAGGAAUCGAUUUGAAGGGUUAAUAUCUAAGGGAUAUUAUUGCAUUUGAUUUAAUAACUUAAAGAUGGAGUCAAGUAGUAACUGAGCAGAACAGUUGUUUUCCAGAUGGUGUUGCAUUUCAUAAAUCUGCUGCUGUCUACUUUAGCAAUCAAAUUGAACUCUACAAAAGUGAUAGUGAUGGUAAACUAAGCAAUCAAGGAAUCUACAUAUUUGGUGGUUUCGAUAAAAAUGGACAUUACUUGGAUGGAUUAAUGAGAAUAGAUACAACAACUAAACCUGUAGGAUUUGAAUAGGUUUAAACUAAGGGAAUGUCACCAAGUAUCUUAUUUGUUUCAAUCUAUAGUUGGCCGUUGUCAACAUUCAAUGAGUUAUGUGGACAAAUAUCAAUUACUGGCUAUUUAUGGAGGAAAGAAUGACGAUCUGAAUAUAAAUGGAUUCCUCAAUGAUCUUCAUCUUUUGGAUAUUAAAAAUCAAACUUGGAUAAGUGUAGACAUCAGAGGUAAUUAAGUGGCAGGGAGGUGUAAUCAUACUUCCUCUUGUAUUGAUUCGAAACUUUACAUUUUCGGAGGAUGCAAUUAAUCAGGAUUUAUUAAGAGUGAUUUAUUGGUGAUUGAAUUGGAUCCCAUUCUAGUUUAAAAGCUAAGUUCUGAAGAUGAUUUUGUUGAAAGACCAGUCAAAUAGUAAUUAAAAGUUACAUUCAAACCUGAAAUAAAAAAAGAUCAUCUAUAAGAAAUUAAAGAAUAAAUAAAUUAAAUAUGCGUAUAACCAUAAAACUAAUAAAUUUCUUUAAAAAAAUACAGAAGAGUAAGUGAUGUAUUAGGUUCUUAAAACUUCAAAGAACUUAAAUUUUAAUCCCAAUAAAUUAGAAAUGGAGGUAAACAAUAAGAAGUAGGAGGAAAUCCUUCUGAUAUUCAGAUAAAAAAUUUGAAAAGAACAAUGACUACAAUUGUAAAUUCAUGA